AUGGCAGACUCUCAGAAAGUUCAAAAUGAAACAAAAUUAGAUCGAAAUAGUGCCACUAGUACAAAUGAACUAAUACUUGAUAAUAGUGAUGACAGAAAUUUCAAUGAUGAACCAUCAUUCGAUGACGAAGAAACAUUAGCAAGAAAAGACAAAGAAAAUUCUCAAAAAUUAAAAAAAUCCGAACCAUCACCACCACAGAGUCCUACUGACCGACCUUCAUUUCGUGGACCAUUUGGUAUUACAAUAGCUUCGGCAGUGAUUUGGUACGUUUGUAUUGGUAUUUUAUUCGUUAUUUCUUUCAUAAGUCUUAUCUUAUCAGUUCUAUACUAUGUUACGAAUACAUCAGAAGAAUCAAUUAUCAAAUUAUAUGGUAUUGGGGGUUCAGCCGCUUUAGCUAUUGUAACUUUUAUCAUUAUUUUUAUCGAUUGUUGUAAUGAUGGAAGUAAGAUAGACCAUGAACAAGAAGCUUUGUAUCAAAUGUUAAAAGCUAAAGAAGAUCGAGAAAAAGAGUUUGCCUUGCGACGUAGUCGUCGAAUAGCAGAAGGGAAGGAAGCGAAACCAAAACCAAUAAUCAUUCCGCACCAACAGCCAAAGAGAGUCACUAGUAAUAGUUUGGAUCCUCAUCCUCAUCCUUAUCAUCAUGCUCAUUCGCAUCAUACUCAUCAUAUGCCAUUGUUCCCACCUACAGCCUAUCAUCAUCCGUUUGUUUGUCCUGUUUGCCAUGAUUUACAUGCGUCUGGAAAUGCUCGACACAAUAUAACUGACGUUGGUGUGGAUACAUCAGAUAAAUUUGCUCCUGUAAACAAAAGUAAAAGAAUAAUCCAUAAGUCAACUCGUGAUGCACAGACGGAACCAAAACUUUGGGAUGCUGAGCGUGGAACACAAACAGAUCGAACUGAAGGUACACAAACAUCCACCAUGGAAUUAAGCGGUAUGCCUAGUAAUAUAACACAAAUUAUACAUGAAACAACAAUUUUAAAAGCACCACGAAAUCUUUUAAGUACACUGAAAAAUUCUAUGGCACAACAGGACAAGGAUAUGGCCAUUAAUCGGGCUAUUAAUGAUACAAACACAAUGACACCAACUAUUAUUUGA